AUGGCAUCCGGGUCCGUGUGGGAGAAGGUUUGGCAAGAGGUCCGUUCCGGACUUGUCAGCUCGGUUGGGGCUGAAGCCAUUCUCUUCCCGAUUGAUACCAUCAAGCUUCAGCAGCAAGUGUAUGGAGGAUCCGCUGCCUUGGUUGCGAAGCGUUUGCUUCAACAGCAGGGUCUGGGCGGCCUCUACAAGGGCUUGCUCGGGCGGUUGAUUCAGACCAUCACCUCCAAUGUUGGCUUCUUCGUUUGGCAGACGGUCUUCGUGCAACUCAGCCUGCGUCAGCUUCGGGUCCAUGAGCCGUCCUGCGAAAAGCUGGGGACCAUUGCCGCCCUGGUCGUCAACAUGCUCGCGCAGCAGUUCAAUCGAAUCUUGACGACACCUUUUGAUGUCGUUGCCAACGUGAAUCAGGCCGAUCCCGCAUCCAAAGGCUUCUUCAGCACGUUCCUCCGCAUGGCCCGUACCGGAGGAGCCGCGGAGCUAUGGCGAGGGCUCCCGGUGGCAUUGCUGCUCUCGCUGAACCCUGCCCUGAUGUUCACGUUGGUCGGCAAGCUUUCCGAUCUCAUCAAGGCGGUGCGGGACAGGGCCUCCAACUCUCACUUGACCUCCGCAGACAUGUUUUGGAUCUCGGGGGUGUCGAAAGCUGUCGCCACGCUCCUGACCUACCCCCUGAUUCGCGCAAAGGCCGUCAUUCAGACAACUGGCGGCAACCACCUGGGCUUGUGGGGCAUGCUCGCCGAGAUCGUGCGGAAAAGUGGAUGGCUUGGUCUUUAUCAAGGCGUCUGGAUCAUGAGCUACAAGACGGUCCUCUUCAACUCACUGAUGAUGGCGCUGAAGCAGAAGGUCUCUCUCGCGCUGAUGAGGUGGGAUCAAUUCCGGGAUCGUCGGCGACUCUCAGCGCAGAAAGAGCUUGAAGGCUUCCGCAGCUCUGUGACCGCCUGCUGCAGUCUGGAAAUGCCGUGGGAGGCCUCCGCGCGAGGCGCCACCGUUGUCUAUGUCGACGGUUCAUGGUGCUUCCUGCAUGAUGCGCAGGCCCACAUUCUUCGCGAAGCCCACCAGAUAGCUGACCACCUUAUCGUUGGAGUGCACAGCGACGAGUGCCAUCAAGUCGCUGUCGGCUCCUGGCCACCAGAGUGCUACGCUGCCAGAGUCGGCCGUCUCAGACGAAAGCCCUGGGCCGCCACCAUCCUGGAGCAGGCUCCCUGGGAGGUCACACCCGAGCUGCUCGAUGAGCUGGGCAUCACGAGGGUCCUGAGCGGAUCCGUCACCAAAAUCGAGGACUGCUCUGGAAAGGAGGCCCCGACAAGGCCGCGAUCUCACAGUACGCCGACAAACAAGGAUCGCCAGGAGGUGGUGCCAGUGGCGCUGCCUUCGGCUGCCGUGGACCCUUAUGCGGAAUGCAGAAGGCGCGGCAUCUUCGAGGAGUUGCCGUCGCUCAAUGCAUCGACCGAGCACGAUGAGUGGAUGCGAAAGGUGAUGAAGAUUGCCUUCUCCAAUGUGGACGCAUCAAUUGAUUGGCGUAUCCUGGUGUCGGAUGACCGGAGAGCGCGCUUCGGAUCGAAUCCAGGAUACCGAGAUGAGGUCGAGGGACCCAUGAGGAGACAAAAGUCAUACUAG